AUGCUCCAUGAGUAUAAGCCAUGGAAACUUCGUGACGGGCUGCCGACAAGCAGCCGCAAUUUGGUGAUUUCUGCAGGCAUGGGCACUACCGGCACACAUGGUGUUAUGACAGCGCUGGAAAACCUCGGAAUGCACGGAUACCACUGGCAAAACUCCCGAGCUUCAGCCAAUGAGCAUGCUAACAAGAGCAAGCUUCCCGACUUUGUUGUCCCACUCUUGGACAAGCUCGGGUCGAAUGUAUCCUUCAAUGAGUGCUAUAAAACUGUAGAGAGCUUUGACUUCAGCCAACUUCCUUCGAACGUUGACUACGUCAGCGACUCGCCCUUCACGGAGAUGUUCCUGGACCUCUACAUGCAGUUCCCAGGUGCCAAGGUGGUGCUGACCACCAGGCACCAGGCCCAGCCUUGA